CUUGCGCAGCCGCAGUGGGGUGGUAGCGGUGAGCUGAGGUGGACUUCUUCUCUUCUGUCGGUGUUAAGGAAUCGGUACGGUCCGGCAGCUGGAGCUCAGCAACAACGACGAAACCUCUCAGACAGCCCCUCAGACACCACGAUGAUCCGGAUAGCCGCUUUCUUCGCCCUGCUGGUGGUCGCCUGCUCAGGAGAGAGCUGCACAGACCCAGUGAUCACUCCGUCGGCCUACACGACCUCUGACGCCGUCAUCUCCUCCGAGUCUGUCUUCAUCGUUGAGCUCAGCCUGGCCUGUGCCAACGGAGCACAGAGUGUAACUCUGUAUGCUGAUGUCAACGGAAGACAGUUCCCUGUGACCAGAGGCCAGGAUGUUGGGAAGUAUCAGGUUUCCUGGAGUCUUCCUCACAAACAGGCCAGCUCUGGAACAUAUCAGGUCAAAUUCUUUGAUGAGGAGUCCUACAGUGCCCUGCGCAAGGCCCAGAGAAACAAUGAAGACAUAAAUGCCAUUCAGCCUCUCUUCUCAGUCAAUAUUGACCACAGGGGUGCAUGGAGCGGCCCAUGGGUGUCUACUGAGGUGGUGGCUGCCCUCAUUGGUAUCCUGGUCUAUUACAUGGCUUUCAGUGCUAAGAGCACCAUUCAAGCAUAAACAGAUCCACAGUCACUUUUUUCAGCCACUGGAUCUUUAAAGACUGAAUUCUGGUGGAGCUCGAUUGACAGUACAUCAUCCAGUGCUGAGGCAAGCCAGCAGGAUUUUGCCACGUGAUCUGCUUUUGGAUGAGGAGCAAGAGUAGCAGUCUUUGUAAUGUUUUUAUACAGACUGUGUCUGUAUGCCAUCCGUCUUGUCACUGUACAGAUGAAUUUUGUCCUGUCGAUAUGGAUGGAAUUUUGUAAAAAAAAAAAAUUGGUAGACCAAUAAACCUGGACCACAUAAAUAAACAGAACAAAUAUA